AUGGAUUUCAAUACAAUUGAUUUAACUCGAGCAGAACAAGCUACUUCUUUGUUAAUUAAUAAUGAACAACAAGAAUAUCAAUCAAGAACAUUAUUAGAUAAAAAUAAUGGACGAUAUGCUUAUUUACCUAUAUUUCCAACAGAAUAUGUUGGUCCAAAUGAGUGUUUAGUUUUGGCUAAUGUACUAGUUAGGCGUCUUGCACCUCAUCAAAUUAAUCGACGUCAAUAUGGAGCCUAUACUUUCGAUGCACUGAUGCUGAUGAAUAAGUACACUUAUUCCGAUGAAUUUAGUUUAACUGAACAAGAUGCUAAUGGAUUAGCUAGACGAUUACAAGUAGGCAAAUCAAUAAUUACUUUCAAUGCACAACGACUUCGUAGCAUCUGUCAUACUCUUCUUGCAUUUCAUGAAUCAUUUCGACGAUAUGUUCUAUGUAAGAGUGAUGUUGUUCUAAAAGAACCAACACCCAAUUCGAAACAAAUGGCUAUGGCAUUGAAAUUCUAUUUACAAAUCGAUGUGGAUUUAUUCUAUAUGAAAACUUGUUCGUUUCGAGGAGCUCAACCUUCAUCUAAUAUAGAAGGUCUAUUUUGUGGAAGAGAUGAACCUCAAGCAAGAUAUUCAUUGGUUCCAUGUGAUAAUCUUUUUUGUCAAUGUUGUCUUCCAUUAAAUACUUACAAGAAAAGUCAACCAUGGCCAAUUGUUAAUUUUGCUUCAAGUUCAAUGCAUCGAUUUCUCAAUGGUUAUACUACCUAUCUCAAUUGCCCACCAACAUGUACUACAUCGAAUAUAAUUUAUGCUAUGACAUGUCCAUGUGGUCAUUAUGAUUAUGUUGAUUCAACAGCAAACACAUUGGCUCAUGCUAUGACUUAUCAUCGAGAACAUGGCAAUCGAAUUAUACAUGAAAAUUAA